CACUUGAAACUACUGUAUCAACAAAACAACUUCCUUGUGAAUAUUCUGCCAAAAAAAUUCCUUCAUUAAUUAAUUGUGUUUUAUGUGAUACUCUUUUAAAAAAUCAAUAUGAAGCAGAAGUUUUAAUUUGUAGUCAUAGAUAUCAUAUAGUAUGCUAUAAUGCUAUGGAAGGAAGAUGUAAAUAUUGUUAUGAUUAUUAUAAAACUGGAAUUAAAUAUAAUGUAAAAUCUUUUAUAAAUAGAUUAGAAAAAG